GGUUCUUUAGUUCUUUUCUUUUUUUUUUUCAAAUUGUUUCUCAGUAAAGCAUCCUUUCCUUAUCUUUAUUAUUUAUAAUCAUAAUUUCAUGUUCCAAAAGAUUCCUUUCCUCCCGCGCCUUCAGAGUGCUACUGCAUUUCUCUUAGCCCAUCGAGACAUAAUACCUUCUUGUCUUCGUAUAGUAACACCGUUUCACCAAACAGAAUUCUAUUUAAACAAAUGUCAACACGUUAAAUUGUGUUUUAUUUAUUUAUUCUUUUAGAAACUCUUUCUCGUAUAUUCAGGUUGGGAGGAAUUGUCUUGCUUUGUAUACAAAAAAUUUCCUUUUUUUAAACCUCGGCGCUUGUGGACUCUAUGAAACUACUCGGUGCUACUUUCUCAAUACGGUCCUUACAAUAUGUGUUCGUUAUUUCUUCCUUAUGCGCAAUACUUGCAGUAAUCCUUCGGCCACUGGUUUAUACUAGUAAAGAAGAUAACAUUUAUACUACAUAUCUACCUCCCAAAAAAGAACUUACCAAAGCUGGUACACAUCGGGAAAAUGCUACCUUAGUUGUGUUGUGUAGGAAUGAUGACCUUGAAGAUGUACUAAGUUCUAUGCAGAGUUUGGAGGAUCGAUUUAACAAACGAUACCAUUACCCUUGGCUGUUUCUUAACGAAGUACCUUUUACCAACGCGUUUAAAAAUGCGACGGGUCGCAUGACGGACAGUAAAAUAGAAUUCGUUACGUUAGCACCCGAAGAAUGGGAGCUUCCAACUUCGAUUGAUCUGACACAACUGGCUCACACGCUCCGAGUUAUGACAGAAAAUCAAGUUAUUUAUGGUGGCUCUUUAAGCUACCGCUUAAUGUGCCGCUUUAAUUCGGGAUUCUUUUUCAGAGUACCAAAACUGCUACAGUACGAUUAUUACUGGAGGGUAGAACCAGGCAUCAAGUUUCAUUGUGAUCUCGACUAUGAUCCGUUCACCUUUAUGCGUGAACACGACAAAAUGUAUGGAUUUGUGAUUGCUAUUCGAGAAUUUCCUAAUACAAUUCCUACCUUAUGGCAUCAUACACACGAGUUCUUUCGCAAAAACCCUGAACUCCUUGCGAGGGACAACUCGCUUCCUUUUAUUGAAGACUACGGCAUGGGACUGGAUGGAAUGUACAAUCUUUGCCAUUUUUGGAGCAACUUUGAGAUUGCGAAUUUGAAUUUUUUUCGAAGUGAUGCUUAUAUGAAAUAUUUUAACUAUCUUGACAGUCAAAAAGGGUUCUUUUAUGAACGUUGGGGAGAUGCACCAGUCCAUUCGUUGGCUGCCGCUCUCAUGCUAAACAAGUCACAGCUUCAUUAUUUUGAAGAUAUGGGUUACUUUCAUCCGCCAUGGUCGCAUUGCCCCCUAGAUGAAGAAUCACACACUUCUGGGCGCUGCUUAUGUAACCGGGAUCGGUCAUUUGCAAAUAAUCCUUAUUCCUGCUUCGAACAAUGGCACCGUAACAUGCAAAUAUAAAUAGCUUUAAUAAAACAAGUGCUCCGCAACAAGAGCACAUCAUUGUCGCUUGGAUUGGGCUUGGAACUGAUCCGCUAAUGUAUAUAUUUCCUCGAAGAAACGUUUCACAGUAUGAUUAUUCUCAUCCUGAACACCGAGGCCUAGUAUAUAACAGGGAACUUGUAGAGUCUUGCAAAGCAUAGAGGAAACCCAAGUUGUUACACUCGUUCUACCGUUUAAAGUCUCAUGAAUAACGGAAAGCAGUCGAUCCUUCAAAGGAAUAAAUACAUAGUCUCGGAAAGCCAACAAUGCUUUCCGGCGCACGUUAAGCCUCGUUUUGUUGAGUGAGCAAAACUCCCGAACCUCGUAUGAGAGUGUGCUAUUUUCGUGUGGAUCAAGCAACUGGCUUUGAAUAGGAAGGAAAAUAGCUUCUAAAAAUGGUGAAACAUGAGUUGUAAAGAAUAGCCAGGAUUCCAUAAACCGUGCGUAAAAUACACUAUCGGUUUCGGAUGAAAGCGUGGCCGCAAGCACAUAGGCUCCCUUCUGAAAAAGCUCCUCAAUUUCUUCAAUAAAAGUACCGAGGUUGCUUUCCUGAAUACAGUUGCGAAUGUGUACCACGACGAUGCCAUUCAAAUCUUCGAUAGGGACGUGAAGUUCUUCACCUUUGUAUACACUGAGUACUUGCGUCUCGAUACAAGACCAACUUUCGUCAAAGUUGACAAACGUCGUUAAGCCUUUGGAAUCAAUGGACGCACGCGUUUUCCCAAGUUUGAUAGCAGAAGGACCGAUGGGUACUACACUGCUUGCCUUAGGAGUUGAAAGUUUGGGAAUUGAUGGGCCAAACAGGCCAAUGUUCUCCUUUCCGCGCGUACGCAGGAAACUGCGAGAAGUCGAUAUUGACUUGUGCAGAGAGGGUAUUUCGAGAGAAAGGAGAUCCUUAUUUUUACGAAAUCGGAGGUGAUGCGGAGAGGAGGGACUACUGAAAGAUGCACAGUAAUCUCCUUUAACGUGUGAUCCCUGUGAAUUCGCAUGCGCGAGCUUACUAAAGGUCGAUGAGAGUAAUUUUGGUUUGUGAAUAGAUAAUUCAUCGAAUGCUUGUUUCAGACCACCGUGAUUCAGUCGACUGCUGAAGGGCAUGUGUCCAUUGAAAGAGAGGGAACGCUGAUGCAUAGCGUGUUUUCCCGCUCGAUCUGCUCUCGAACGGGCCUUGACAGUUUUGGGUCUGUAGAGACUAAACCGUUCAAAGCGAGCAUUAGAGCCUAUGACUCCAUCGCUAUUAAGGGCAUCUGGUCUGUUAUUGUUUUUUGGUGUAGUUGGGGUUUCACGGAGCUCUUCUCGAUCCUCAUCGUUCUCAUUCUUGGUAUGAAUGACCGAAACGCAAGUAGUGGUCGAUGCACUAGAAACAGAGGACACCGAGCUUACACGACGAUGGAAGGUCAUAAUGAACUCCAAGUGAUCGUCAUUCCUUGUAACAAACUUAAAGCUUUAAGGGGUGAGUUCUUCAAAUACUAUUGAUACAAGUAAAAUUGAAUAAUUUGCAAUUGUUUCGCCCGAAAAACGUUUCCAAGUCAAUAGAACACAGCAACUGUAAUCCGAGAGGUGAAGAACAAGCGUCCCAACCUAAUUCACCUAAACGUGUUGAAUGGGUGGUCGUAGCUGUGUUAGGUUGGUUUGCCAUAGAAGACUUGUUAAGUUAUACAAGGGUCCGAGGGUUGAGCUCGGAUGGUGGAGUCGGUAAUGAGCAAGCUUGAUGGCAAUUGCAAUAACAAGAAUAAUCUGGUAAACUAGAUGACAUUCUGUAGAUUCACCAGCCCGUAAAAAUGGACUGAAUGCAUUGACUAAAGAAAAAAAUACGUUUACAUGAUAGUACUCGCAAACUUAGACUUAAAACAUGUCUAAAAUGCGACUACUCGAUUCUUAAACCGUAUUAAAAUAACACACUGACGAAUUUACAGAAUGCUUUAUAACAAUUCGCCUUAACGGCAAGUCUAGUUGUAUUCAAAAAAAAAAUUUUAAAAGUUCAAUUCGCCGAGUCAACUGUCGACAUAGAAGAACGAUGCGUAUGAAGACGAAUACAAGCAUGUUCACCACGGCAACCGUUGAAGACAUGACACAUUAGUCGCCGCACGCUGGUGAUAUCGAUGCUCUUGUUUGCGUAGGAAGAAAAGGAAAAAAAAAACUUUCUAAUCUCGGUAACAUUCUCUCAAAAACGUUAGGAGACGCAAUGUUACUGGCCGUAUAAACAAACGAAAGAGUUAAAGAGUAGGCCAAUUAGGUACAAGGAUUAGACAGACACAACUUUGACUUACUUAGCCAAGGCCUCGAGAGAGUCCUCCAUAAUGUCCAAACCAUCAGCAAUGACAGAGCUUGGAGUGUUCAGAGCAGGGAGGACACGAGUGUUGUUGUUACCACCAGGCAACAGCAAGAGACCUCUCUCACGGGCAAAGUCGAUGAAUUUAGUGGGUGCGUCAUGGAAUUGCAAACCCAUGAGCAAACCACGACCAGCAUAACCGCGAAUGAUGCUGGGGAACUUCUCCUUAAAGGAGUCAAAACGGGCGGUGAGGGCCUUGUGUUGAGUACGGACGUUGUUCAAAAUCUCAGAGCUUCCAAUUUUGUCGACACAGUACGAACCAACACGACAAGCAACGGGGUUACCACCAAAAGUACUUCCGUGAUCACCAAACUUAAUGGUCUUGGCGAUGUCGUCCGAGACAAUAGUUACACCGAUGGGCAAACCGUUAGCCAAAGGCUUGGCGAGGGUAACAAUAUCAGGACUGGCAAAAUCCUUGACAUAAGAGUGAGCCCAAAGAUCACCAGUACGGCCCAAACCACACUGGACCUCAUCGUAAAUCAACAUGACAUUAUGUUUGUCACAGGCCUUGCGAACAGCAGCGAGAAACUCGGCCUCGGCAGGGCAAAUACCACCCUCACCUUGAACGGGCUCAACAAUGACAGCUGCGGUGUUCUCGUCAAUGACACCCAAAGACGAAGCGUCGUUGAACUUUGCUUGCUUGCAGCCAGGUAGCAGAGGCUUGAAAGCCUCGCGGUACUUGGGGUUUGCGGUAAUACUCAAAGCACCCAUUGUCCGGCCAUGGAAAGAGUUGUUGAAGAAGACAAUCUCGUUCUUUUGAGGACCAAAGUUAGUGUAGGCGUAUUUACGAGCAAACUUGAUGGCAGUCUCAUUUGCCUCAGCACCACUGUUUACGAAAAAGACCUUGGAGGGCAUCUUAAUGUUGCUGUUUUCCGACAGCGACUGAUUCAGCUUGGCAGCCAACUCAAUGGCGGGUUCAUUAUAAAACAAGUUACUGGCGUGAACAACUUUGGUCAGCUGGUCAGCAGCCAACUUUUGCACAUUCUCUUCGGCAUGUCCCAGAGCAUUGACGGCAACGCCAGAAGUAAAGUCAAUGUACUUGUUUCCAUCCACAUCCCACAAGAAAGAGCCUUUUCCGUGAGAAACUGCGACAGGAUAACGAGCGUAAACGGCCAAAAUAUUUUCGGCCUCCUUUUCCAUCACCGCGGCGGCCUUAGAACGAGCAGCAUUUACGCGAGUAGUCUAAGAGUAUGUUAGCAAAAAGAGCUCCAAGACUUCCGCAAGGAAGCAAACAGACACCAUUUCAUGCUGCAAAGCACGAAAUUGUAAAAAACUAAAAAUAGCAACAAACGAAACGUUUUUCUCGCUUGUGUUGCUCCAAGUGCGCUAUACUUACACUAAGGCAGCGUUGAAAGCAGCGAAUGGAGCCUGUUUUGGGGAGAGAAGCCAAGUUCUUAACGGAGAGCAUGUUUAGGUAUGCAAGGUGUGUGCGUGUGUGUCUGUCUGUAGUUGUAGCAGCACUACUUCGAGGGACUUUUAUUCACCUUCGGCUAUCAGUUCAACAUGCUUAUUUUAACGAUAUUAAUCAAGCUCAUCAACCAAGCCCUGUUGAUAGACAGCGAAAAACCGUGGAGAAUCUAACCGCUGAUGAUAAAGUUUUAGUGGGUUAAUACGUUAUCGUAGACAGCACCACCAAUCCGGCCACCGUUCAUUGAUGAAGAUACCCUGUGGGCAAAGUCGGCUGGGGUAGAUUUUAGAUCAAAUGCGGCAUCUGUUGUACCCCGAACGUGUAUUAGCGAGUUGAGCGAUACUUGUUUCCCAAACAUCCCCGUCACAACCAUGCGUUGAUCAGGAGAAGUAGUCGGCAUCAUACCUUUAUUCAGUGGAUCAUCAGGAUUUGGUGCGAGAAAUAGGAACUGCAAUCCAACAAACACGGAAUUGAGGUUGAGGACCGGGUUCCAUUCCUGUCGCAGAAUGUUCAGACAAACAUUGCCACUCGUAUCAAUGUUCGGGUGAUAGAUCUUCCCACGCGUUAACAACGGAAACCGAUGAAAAACAUAAAACGUUGUCCGCUCGUCGUCCACCUGUGCGUCUAGAGCAGUGAUGACGAGGAGGAUAAACUAUCACACACGUACCUUGUUGAGACACUUCACUUUAGGAGGUUCGUGAGGAUAGUUUGCUCCGAUCUUCACCGAGAAUUUGAAAACACCUCCCUUGUAAAAACCUGAUAGCGUCAAACUGUUAAAUAUAUGAACAAGUAUGUGCCGAACAAGCUACACACCUUCGUCCGGAGCAAUGUACAAAACCAAGUCGCUCAAAUCUGCAGGGUUUGGCCACUCGGCCUUCAUGGUACUCGGCAAUUCCAGUUCUGUGACAUCUACAUAGCUUUUGUUAGAGCCAAAAAGCCGUAAAUCGAGAUUUAGAUUCGGACAAAAGAACCUUUUUGAAUACGGAUUUGAGAAGCAUUUACACCGCCGCUCAGCCGUUCUUUUUCGGCCAUCUUCUUCUUUAAUUCCCAUAUUUUACGCAUGAUCAAUUGUUUCCGAUAUGUGCUUUGGCUAAGAGUGUUAUGACCAACGGUGAUCGUUUUGGUGUUGCAC